AAUCCAGGAGGCGCCAUGAAGCUUUGGGGACAUAAAAUCGAAUUGCUGACAGGACUUCUGCUGCAGGAAGUGACCAUGGCUGGGAUGCAUGAGAUGCGAUUCACAGAAGAGAAGCCACUGCUUCGAGGGCAGGAUGCUGAGCUGGAGAAUUCAGAUACUUUCCUGUCUGCCGUGGAUACGGAUUGGAAGGAGCAUGAUAUCGAGACCCCAUAUGGGCUGCUGCAUGUGGUCAUUCGGGGGUCUCCAAAGGGAAACCGCCCAGCCCUCCUGACAUACCAUGAUGUGGGACUCAACCAUAAGCUCUGUUUCAACACUUUCUUCAACUAUGAGGAUAUGCAGGAGAUCACAAAGCACUUUGUCGUGUGCCACGUGGAUGCUCCAGGGCAGCAGGCGGGAGCCUCACAGUUCCCCCAGGGGUACCAGUAUCCUUCCAUGGACCAGCUGGCUGCCAUGCUACCUAGUGUGGUCCAGCACUUUGGAUUCAAGUAUGUGAUUGGAAUCGGAGUGGGAGCUGGUGCCUAUGUCCUUGCUAAGUUUGCCCUGAUCUUCCCGGAUCUGGUGGAAGGCCUUGUUUUGAUCAACAUCGACCCAAAUGGCAAAGGCUGGAUCGACUGGGCAGCCACUAAGAUCUCUGGCCUGACCAGCACUUUACCUGACUCUGUGCUGUCUCACCUGUUCAGCCAGGAAGAGCUGGUGAGUAACACAGAACUGGUGCAGAGCUAUCGGCAGCAGAUCGGGAGCAUGGUGAACCAGUGUAACCUGCAGCUCUUCUGGAACAUGUACAACAGCCGCAGAGACCUGGACAUUAACCGACCGGGGAGCGUCCCGAAUGCCAAAACACUCCGCUGCCCGGUGAUGCUGGUCGUGGGAGAUAAUGCCCCAGCUGAAGAUGGUGUGGUUGAGUGUAACUCCAAGUUGGAUCCAACCACCACCACUUUCCUGAAGAUGGCUGAUUCUGGUGGUCUCCCCCAAGUCACACAGCCUGGAAAACUGACCGAAGCUUUCAAGUACUUUCUGCAGGGGAUGGGCUACAUUGCAUACCUGAAGGACCGAAGGCUGAGUGGAGGAUCAGUGCCCUCUGCGAGUAUGACGCGCCUGGCCCGGUCUCGCACAGCCUCCCUUACCAGCGCCAGCUCAGUGGAUGGCAGCCGCCCCCGGGCCUGCACUCACUCUGAAAGCAGUGAGGCCAUGGGGCAGAUCAACCACACCAUGGAGGUGUCCUGCUGAGCGUCUCCAGCGCCCUCUUUUUCAGGGGAGUCCUCAAGCAUCUGCGUAUCAGUUCACCUCCAGCCGGCUCCAUUCUCUGCAGCUUCCGUGGCUUUGGUUUUCUUUGCCGUCUUGCUUUUUCCUUUCACAUUAAUGGGAUUCAGCGCAGGAGGUGGGGAGAGCGGAAAG